AUGUUGUUAGGAAGUUCUUCUCCUAGAGCAUUAUCAUCUUCAUCAUCUUCAUCAUCACACGAGUCAUGGGAAUCAAUGCUCCCUGGUCCAUCAAGUCGCAACAACUUUGGAUCCUCAGAUCUGAGUUCCCACGGCCUCCUCGCAUUCCCUUCCGGCAGUUCAAUCUCCAUCGUCGACGCACGUUCUAUGCAGUUAGUUUCAUCGUUUCCUAUACCUCCUCCGCCUUCCUCCGCCGCACCGUUCGUAACUUCCGUCCGUUGGAUCCCUCUCCCUCUUAAUCGUCAUCUUCUCUCUUCUGAACCGUCUUCCACGCAUCUCCUCCUCGCCGCCGGCGAUCGUCAAGGUCGCAUUGCGCUUCUUGAUUUCCGUUUAAAAGCUGCGAUUCUUUGGUUUGAAACUGACUCUAAACAAGGUAUUCAGGAUCUUUGUUGGAUUCAGGCACGGCCUGAUCUCUUCAUCCUCGCUGCUAUUACCGGACCUUCUACACUUUCUCUCUUUAACGCUACCACUGGACGUUGCGUUUGGAAGUACGAUGCAUCGCCGGAGUAUUUCUCUUGUAUUCGCCGUGAUCCUUUUGAUUCGCGCCGCAUUUGUGCAAUUGGUCUCAAGGGUUUUCUAUUGUCGUUGCUUCAUCUUGGUGAUUCUGAGGAAGGUGUAGUUAUUAAUGAACUUCAGAUUCGUACCGAUUCUAGCGAAUUGCUUAAGCUUGAGAGAGAUUCCGGUGGCGGUUCUUCCUCUGCUACUGCUCCACCUGCUUCUGCGGCUUUUCCGCUUUACAAUGCGAGAUUCAUAUUCUCUCAGCAUUGGAGGCACAUUUUGUACAUCACGUUUCCGAGGGAGUUAAUUGUGUUUGAUUUGCAGUACGAGUGUGUGAUCUUUGCUUCCACUUUACCUCGUGGCUGUAGCAAGUUUCUAGAUGUGUUACCUGAUCCGAGUAAUGAAUGGAUCUACUGUGUUCAUGUUGAUGGCAAGCUCAGCACCUGGAGGAGGAAACGUGGGGAACAGGUACACAUCAUGUAUUCGAUGGAAGAGUUAAUGCCAUCUGUUGGUACCUCUGUUCCUUCUCCUUCAAUACUUUCCGUCAUUUUAUGCCAAUCAGAUACCACUCUCCAGAAGAUUGGCAAGAAUUAUUCUGACAUGCCUAGUUCUCCUUACCUUCACGAGGAUUUUGAUAAUCCUUUUGACUUUUGUGACGGGUCCCAGAUUAUUUCUAAGAUACACUUAAUUUCCAUAUCCGAUGAUGGAAAAAUAUGGGACUGGCUAUUGACUGUUGAAGGGAAUGCAGAUACUCAAAAGGAUGAUAAAAAGUUGGGUUUGGUCAAUGAUGACACUAUGGUAUCUUUUGCUGGUGGACGGGAACUAAACGUAGGCAGGCCACUAGAGCAUCUCAAUGAAAAUAGAAGCCGCCCGCCAAGCUCAACCUUCAACCCUGAAGAAAUUUCAAUGAAGAUUAGCUUAGUCGGGCAGCUUCAGCUUCUCUCUUCAACAGUGACUAUGCUGGCAAUACCGACCCCUUCUCUGACUGCUACCCUGGCCCGUGGAGGAAAUUAUCCUGCAGCAGCUGUUCCCCUGGUUGCGUUGGGAACACAGUGUGGUACAAUAGAUGUUGUUGAUGUUUCUGCUAAUGCUGUUACAUCAAGUUUAUCUGUACAUAAUGGUAUCGUUAGGGGACUACGAUGGCUAGGAAAUUCCAGACUGGUUUCAUUUUCUUAUACUCAGGUUAAUGAAAAAUCAGGAGGAUAUAUUAACAAGCUAGUUGUAACCUGCCUUCGAAGUGGCCUUAACAAGAUGUUCCGAGUUUUGCAAAAGCCAGAGCGUGCCCCAAUAAGAGCAUUGAGAACAUCUUCAUCUGGAAGGUAUCUUCUAAUUUUGUUUCGUGAUGCACCUGUGGAGGUUUGGGCAAUGACUAAGAAUCCUAUCAUGCUUAGAUCAUUAGCUCUUCCAUUUACGGUAUUGGAAUGGACUCUUCCAACAGUUCCACGUCCUCCUAAGGAUCAAACAUCUGUGGCUUCAGAUGAUGCAUCUAAACCAUCAAAGAUUUCCUCACCAGAUUCAAAAGACGGUUCAAGUGCAGAGGGAUCACAAGAUGAUACUUCUGAAAGUUUUGCAUUUGCUCUGGUGAAUGGAGCACUUGGAGUUUUUGAAGUACAUGGUCGAAGAAUUCGAGAUUUCAGACCAAAGUGGCCUUCUUCUUCCUUUGUAACGUCUGAUGGAUUGGUAACUGCAAUGGCCUACCGCUUGCCCCAUGUGGUCAUGGGAGACAGAAUGGGGAACAUAAGAUGGUGGGAUGUGACAACUGGACAUUCUUCCUCUUUCAAUACUCAUAGAGAGGGAAUUCGUCGAAUCAAAUUCUCACCUUUUGUACCAGGAGACAAUAGCCGGGGGCGCGUUGCUAUUCUGUUUUAUGAUAAUACCUUUUCUGUUUUUGAUUUGGACUCGCCUGACCCCUUGGCUAAUUCACUUUUGCAACCACAAUUUCCUGGAACCCUUGUGUUAGAACUUGAUUGGUUGCCCUUACGAACUGAUAAGAAUGAUCCACUGGUUCUCUGCAUUGCUGGAGCAGAUGGUAGUUUCCGCCUUGUUGAUAUUAAUGUAAAUGACAAACGAUUUGGUUCUGCACCCCAGAUCAGAAAAACAAGGGAGAGAUUCCGGGCAAUGCCUAUAUGUUGUCCCAUACUACUCCCUUCACCACAUGCAUUGGCACUGCAAAUGAUUUUGCAAUUGGGUGUUAAACCUUCUUGGUUUAAUACUUGUAGUACAACCAUUAAAAAAAGGCCUCAUUUAAUUCCAGGAGCUCCUUCACCAACAGGGGAUCUUCGCACAUACAUGAUCAGCAUACCACUUCUUGGAGACUCUGUGGUGCCAGAGAUGCUUCUAAAAGUACUGGAACCAUAUCGAAAAGAAGGUUGCAUGCUUGACGAUGAGAGAGCCAAGUUGUAUGCUAGGAUUGUGGAUAAAGGUUGUGCUGCAAGGUUUGCUUUUGCAGCUACAGUAUUUGGUGAAACGUCAGAAGCUCUGUUUUGGCUACAGCUACCCCAAGCGCUUAAACAUUUGAUUAAUAAGUUAUCGACAAAGCCACCAUCAAAAGGCCUCACGACAGAGUCUGUCUCUGUGGUUGAUGAAACAUCUUUACUGUCUAGGAUAUCAUCAAAGGGAAAACCAACAGAAGAAAUGGGGAGUGAUGCAUUGAGUCAAGGUCAACAAAGGUUGAUGGCUUUUGACCAAGAAGAGUUGUGGAAAAGUGCCAGUGAGCGAAUUUCUUGGCAUGUGAAAUUAGAAGGUGAAGAGGCUAUUCAGAAACGAGUACAUGAACUUGUAUCAGUUGGAAAUCUAGAAGCUGCUGUUAGUUUAUUGCUUUCUACACCUCCAGAGAGUUCAUACUUCUAUAUCAAUGCGCUUCGUGCAGUAGCUCUCUCUUCUGCUGUUUCAAGAUCUCUUCAUGAGCUUGCAGUGAAGGUUGUUGCAGCCAACAUGGUGAGAGCUGACAGGUCACUCUCUGGCACUCAUCUUCUGUGUGCAGUUGGAAGAUAUCAAGAAGCGUGUUCUCAGCUACAAGAUGCUGGAUGCUGGGAUGAUGCUGCAACCUUAGCUGCCACUCACUUAAAGGGAGCAGAUUAUGCAAGAGUGUUGCAAAGAUGGGCUGGACACGUCCUUCACAGCGAACAUAAUAUCUGGAGGGCUCUGAUUUUGUAUGUUGCCGCUGGUGCACUACACGAGGCAUUGGCAGCUCUUCGCGAGGCUCAGCUACCUGAUACAGCUGCAAUGUUUAUCCUUGCAUGCCGUGAAAUCCGUGCAGAGAUUGUUUCUGACUUAAAUAUGACGGAUGAUGAAUCAAGUUCAUCAGUUAAUGAGAAGAUACUAAACUUGCAGGCUUUAGAUCCUGUGAAUGAAGACGUGAUUGCAGUUGAUGAAUACUUUGGGCAAUACCAAAGAAAAUUGGUGCAUCUUUGCAUGGAUUCACAUCCAUCCUCUGAAUAA